CGGCGGACAUGAUGGCCGGACCGGUCAAAAUGGGUACUCCCGAUAAAGCAAUCAACUCAUUUCUUCCCCUCACCCCUCACUGACCACAUCGUAUCCAGCUUCGUUCUCAGGCCCGGGUUUAUUAAUUAAUAAACCAAGUAGACUUGUCCCACAUCAAAAUCUAUGGACUGGACACUUUUAAAUGCCCCAAUCUCAUCUACAGCAUUCAAUUCAAUCCACCGCCCGAUAUACACAUUACUAUAUAGUUCCCUCAACCUUUAAUAUGCCCCCCAAAAAGCACGUCGUCUUCGACGUCGUCGGCACCUGCGUCUCCUUUGACGCAUUCUACUCACGCAUCAACCUCAUCCUCGGACCCAGACUCCGCCACCACAACAUCACCGCGCAACUCUUUGGCUACACAUGGAUGGAAGCCGCGGAACUCGACUUCACCUUCCUCUCCAUCUCCGAGCGCUACCAACCCUACAAACACGUCUUAAAAGCACUCUUCUACCGCACCCUCUGGAUGGCCGGGGUCCCAGACCCACGCUCCUUUGCUACUGACGCCGAACGCGAUCAGUGUAUCGCCGGCUACUCGGAUCUCCAGCUCCGGCCCGGCGCGAAGGAGUGUUUCGAGAAGUUGAGGGGUGAUGGGUUCACGGUGUGGUGUUUCACAACCGGGGAUGUGGCGCGUGUGCGAGGAUAUUUUGAGAAUGGUGGUGUGGAUGUGCCAAUGGAGAAUUUUGUGAGUUGUGAUUCGAGAGGCGUGGCGAAGCCGGCGUUGGAGGCGUAUCGGUCUGUGCUGGAGAGGUUUGAGGAGGGAGACGAGAAGUGGUUUGCGGCGGCGCAUAUGUGGGAUGUGUCGGCAGCAAGGAUGGUUGGGUUUAAGGGGGCAUAUUGCUCGGUGUAUGAGAUGGAGUCGUGUAAGGAGAUCUUUGGUGAGAUGGAUGUUAUGGCUGAAAGUUUGGUGGAGAUGGCAGAGAAUAUUUCACGGAUGUAUAAGGAUACUUAGCACCUCAAGAUAUACUAUAAACGGCAUCUGGAUUAAUAGGCUAGAUAGUCUAAUUACCCUGAUUGCUGAGAAUAUCCCGGGUUUACACAUAUCUAUACCAUCUAGCGUUGAGGCGGAUAUGGAGUUGAGGUCGGGUAUUCCAGCACUUCUAUCC